AUGAAGCCAUGGGGCGAGUGCAGGAGCUUCCUGGCUCCCGGCUUGCUGCAGCACCAGCUGGCCAUCGUCACUGGCAGGGCCACGGGCAUCGAGAAGGCCAUCGCCACUGAGCUCCUGCACCUGGGAUGUAAUGUGGUCAUUGCAUCUCGUAAUUUUGAUCGAUUAAAAUCUACUGCAGAUGAACUGAGGGCCAGCCUACCCCCGACCAACCAGGCUCAGGUCACUCCCAUAAAAUGCAACAUUUGCAAAGAAGAGGUGAACAAUUUGGUCAGAUCCACCUUAGAGAUUUAUGGUAAAAUCAACUUUUUGGUAAACAAUGGAGGAGGCCAGUUCAUGGCUUCUAUGGAAAACAUUAAUGCAAAGGGAUGGCAUGCUGUGAUUGAAACCAACCUGACAGGCACCUUCUACAUGUGCAAAGCAGUUUACAACUCCUGGAUGAAAGAGCAUGGAGGAUCUAUUAUCAAUAUUAUUAUCCUUACUAGAAAUGGAUAUCCAGGAUUUACGCAUAGUGAAGCUGCCAGAGCAGGGGUUUACAAGCUCACCAAAUCCAUAGGGGUGGAAUGGGCCAACAGUGGAAUAAGGAUCAACUGUGUUGCCCCUGGAACCAUUUAUUCCCCGAGUGCUGUUGACAACUAUGGUCCUUUGGCAGAAAACGUAUUUGCAGGGUACUUUGAGAAAAUCCCAGCUAAGUGAAUUGGAGUGCCUGAGGAGAUCUCCUUGGUGGUCUGCUUCCUGCUGUCCCCUGCAGCUUCCUUCAUCACUGGACAGUUGGUGAACGUGGACGGGGGCCAAUCUCUGUAUACGCACAUAUUUGACGUACCAGAUCAUGACAACUGGCCUGAUGGAGCAGGGGACAUUUCCUUUGUCAAACAUUUGAAGAAUACUUUCAUGAGUAAAAGCAAGCUCUAA